AUGUCAUCAGGUAGUUCCGGGGUGGCCUCAGGGCUCGGUUCCCAGCCCAGCUGCAGCACCCCUCAGCUGGAACAAAGGAGUUCCUUCCCGGCGUGGCAUCUCCUUCCACCGCAGAGCUGCUCGCUCGCCGUGAUCAGAGAGGAGGACCUCUUAAAUAGCUUCAAUGGGAGCUUCUCUGAUGAAAGCGAUGUCUGUGGGGCUGAUCUGUUGGACUGCAGCUCCUCCACCCCCGACCCGCAGCUGGUCCGCAGGAUUGUGUCCCAGGUGGAGUUCUACUUUUCUGAUGAGAACCUGUCCAAGGAUGCUUGCCUUCUGAAACAUGUCCAAAAGAACAAGAUGGGCUUCGUCAGCAUCAAACUGCUGACGUCCUUCAAGGAGAUGAAAUACCUGACGCGUGACUGGCGGCUCACACGCUACGCCCUGCGGUUCUCGGAGCUGCUGGAAGUGAACAAGGAGGGCACCAAAGUGAGGCGGCGGGUCCCCCUUUCCGAGUCCCUGCGGAGCUUCUCCCCCAGCAAACUGCUGCUGGCCUGGGAGCUGCUGCCGAUCCAGAAGAACUUCAUCGAGACCAUCAUGAGUAUGUUCAGCCCCUUUGGUGCCAUUGUAUCCAUCCGCAUCCUGCAGCCGGGCCGCAAGCUGCUCUCGGAUGUGCAGAAAUACACGUCGCUCUUCCCCGAGCUGCUGAGAAAGCGCUGUGCCCUGGUGGAGUACGAUAGGCUGGGGAGCGCCCGCAGGGCCUUUGAGCACCUCGCCCGCCGAAGCCACCGGUGCGGUGAGAGCAUCAGGGUGGUCUGGCUCUGCUGGAAGGUCUCCAAGAAGGAACCUCCGAACAAGAGGGAGGUGGCGAAGAAGCUGGGCCACCAGUGGGAUUGGAAGGCACAGGCGGCGGCCACGACCUUCCCCUAUGGCACUGGGGGCUCCGUGCUCUACCAAUCUCCGGAGUCAGGCAAUGCUCCAGUGUCACCGUCCCUGCCCCCGAACACGGAACCCUCGGCACCCACCUGCCCAUGCAGCGCCUUCCAGCCCAGGGACUUUAGCAACACCUUUACAAGAUCGCUCCUCACCAGGAAAGCCUUCCCCCCGCUCGGGAUGGGCUUGGGCACCGGUGGCUGCCACGGCUUCCGCUCCAGCACGGAGUGGCCCCACGGCUGCGGCUGGGGGAGCGGGGUGGAUACCUGGGCACCCAGGGGCAGCAGGCCUGCUCUGCAUGCCACACCUCCUCCCAGAAAUUCCCUGGCAGGAAAUCGGGUGCCUGAGCCCCUUGGCCUGCGGGGUGGGGUGCUUCGCCUGCCCAAUGGCCCUGAUGGCCCCAAGGGCUUCAGCAGCAGCAUGGGGAGAGGAAAGCUCACCCUCCGGCACUGA